UUGACUGGUCAUGUCAGGAGAAUAGAUUUACAUAAAGAAAAGUUUGCUGGAAGCCAGGAUGCAUUGCUUUCAUUGGCCUGUAUUUCUCUCAGGACACAGACGGCUGCUGCCGGAGCCAGCUCAGGUGUUGUGUUUCUUCCUGUUUCAUAUGACAUCAGGGAUAGCUGCCAUGUCGGUGUCCACGGAUCAGGAGGAAGCAGGGAUGUUGCAGCCUCUAGCACAGAGUCUGGUAAAGUUUAGUCAUUGUGAACGAGAUAUCUACAGCAGCUCUGUGCCCCAGCACUGCCCUAUCUGUGGGCAACAUACAGUGAGUUCCUGGGAUCUGGAGCAGGCUCCCGUCAGCAUUCCCAGCCCUUUCGUUAAUGCACACAGUGAAAAAUGCUCCUUUAUACUGAAGCCAACAAAAGGCCUUUUUAUAGGGGAGUACGACGGCUGCGCCGACCUCCAUGUCGGUAUCGCCAGUUCUAAAGGUAUUGUGCAUCAUUACAAUGAAAAUGGCAUACACAGAGAUAACGUGGGCUGGGAACAGUGUGUGGGAGUACCACUAGUGCCACCAGACCAGCACGCCUUAAUUUAUCAGUGGGAUUUCUAUCUAGAACAGUUCUCAUCUACUGACAGAUGGUUCUCUCACAGAUACGACGAACAAGAUCACAACUGCUACACAUUCGCUCUGAGGUUUGUCAACGACCUGCUGCUUCUACAAGGGAAGAAAACGUUUACCAAAGACGAGUUUACAGAAAGAUUUGUAUUACCGAGAACUCGCAGAGCCUCCAAGUACAUAACUCUCUGCCAUGAGAUCUCGGAGAAUUAUUUCUACAUCAUUGACCACUCUAAAAAAUAACAUUUAUAGAUGGUGCCAGUACUACAAUGGACAACCUGAUCUCUGAGAUCCUGAAGCACAGCUUCCCAGACAGGGUGCACAAGUUCUGAUGCUGUACCUUGUGGAAAUGAACACAAGUCACCAUUACAAUAUAAGCUAGUAAUGUACAUAUACAUCGCAUACUUUGACUUAAUUACCCAUCUCUUAAACAGAGACAUAAAAUGAAAUACAAAUAAAAAAACUUUGCAACUCA